UCUGUGGCGUGUGGAGCGCCAGCGGUGGGCAACGGGCAGAAGAGCACCUGGGUGUACCUGGAGGAGAUGGCCAACACGCUGCUGAGCAACGUCCAGCAGCUGAAGGUUCUCAUCGAACAGGCCAAGAACUCUGCUGAAGAUGCAGCAGGGGUCAAAGGUCAGGGAUGCAGGAAGGAGUGCGGCCUUAGCCAGACGUUUCAGAACCAGAUCUCAUUUCAACAGCCGGACCCCUCAGAGACCAAGAGGAGUGCUGACAUCACGGAGAUCAUCAUCAAUCAGGUGUGUGUGAACUGUGGUCGGAUGGCGAUGAGCGAGUGCACAG